CCCCACACAAGUCUCCCUCCAACCGUAGCCCACAUCCGGUUUUCAUCGAUCGAAAAAAUGACAGGUGACGUCAGAUUCAUUCGUCGUAGACGUCAAACACGAAAUUGUAAACAAAUAAUUUAAAUUUUUUUUACUUUACCAAAUAAAAUGUCCAAAGUAACAAAUGUGAACUCUAGUUUAGCGUAUGAAAUUCUGCUUUACUUAAAUAGUUUUUAUUUAGGUAUGUUCUUCGUGUGUGAAGUCGCUAUGGGGAUUCUAAAGGCGAUAAAUGUUUCUUAUCCAGAGAAUGCCUUGCUGACUGAGGCAGGAAUAUUUUGUGCCCUCUGUCUGGUCGAAGUGAUCCGAAUUUUCUUGGGACGAAGAGGAAAUUUGGCUAGCAAAAAAAUUCCAGUAUUCUUCUCAGUAAUCCUAACAAUCCCCUCUGCAGUAGGAGUGUGCUAUUUUUUAAUUUACCAAACCUACAUUCUCCGCCUGGAAUACAUUUGGUGUGCUGUGAUGCUGAUAUUCCAUGCCCUGGAGCUUGCCUUCGCCAUUCUCUUCAUAUUUACUGUGUGUAAACACCAGCAGUUUAAAUAGAAUACAUUUACAGAGAGCUCUUUGCCAAAGAAAUAUUAAUGCCAAAUGUUUGAUAUUAGAAAAGAAAUUAGAAUUGUUUCUCUGACUCAUAUUGCAUACUCUGAAGUAAGUUUUUGCAACCUUAUUCAUCUUUAGUGUAUAAAUUUCUUGUUUGAAUAGCAUAAUUUUAAACGUUACUAUUUUAUUGAAGUAAUGGCCAAAGAUAAAUCUAAUGCCAAAUGUAUUUAAGGACAGUGAUAAUAAUACAUUACAUUCCAUUGUUUUUAAUCUAUUGUGUAAAUUUUGCAAUUCAUCUCUUUGAAAUGUUUGAUAGGCAAGUGUGUACAUACAAUGCAUUUAUUAUUAAACUAAAUCUGAUAUUUGCUUCAGAUACAAAAUAUUGUAAAUUGGUACUAAAUAGUAACAUUAAAAGCUCAAUAUUAUAUUUUAAUAUAAUGUGUAAUAUAACUAUGAGAGAGAUAGAGAGAUUAUGAACGGUUAACUCCAACAAGAUCUGAUAGUAACCAGUAAUUGGUUCAUAUUAUUGCCAUUUUUAUUUAGUAGAUACUAGUCUUUACUAUUAGAAUAAGUGAACACACUAUUUUUAAUACAAUGUAAACAGGUUUGU